ACCAGGGCAAAACCUUUGGUCCUGAUGGGUCCCUUGUCAUUGACUUCUAUAGAUUCUGGGAUGUCCUUGCUCUAGACUUUCUAGCCUUCUUUAACCUGUUUUAACACAGUGGUAGAAUCCAUAAAUGCAUGAAUUCCACCUUCGUGGCCAAGGGGCAAAACACCUUUAAGACGUCCUCCCACUUAGUCUCCUCAAUAGAUUCUACAAAGUCCUCGCUGAGGUCCUAGCCUCGAGACUGGAAGAGGUACUCAACCUGGUUGUUUCCCCGACACAUAAAGCCUUUGUUGAAAAUAGACAAAUUCUAUGCAGGGCUUUGCUGGCCUGUGAACUUAUUCGCUACGCACAUGGCUCUUCACUUGGUGGUCAAACUUGUAUGGGAAAGGCCUACCAUUAUGCGGACUGAUUCUGCUUGACAACGUCCUAUCUAGAAUGGCGUUCAGUGAGUGAUGGAGAUCCUCUAUUAGGGGGUGCAUCUCCUCAUAUUUCUUUUCCAUCCUUGUAAACGGAUCCUUAGAGGUUUCUUCCCUACCUCCAGAAGCCUGAGAUAGGGAGAACAUCUCUACCCUUUCAUCUUUGCUAUAGUGGCUGAGGUCUUCAGCCAAUCAAUCUCUUGGCUUGACAGGCUUAAGGGCUUCUGCUCCUCCCGAAGGGCCCAAAAUUCACAUGCUGAUGAUAUGUUCAUCUUCUAUGAUGACCUUGUUGAGCAGUUGGACUUCCAUCGGCUAUUGCUCUGAUGUUUUGAGAUGUCAAUUGGCAUGAAGGUUAAUAUGGUAAAGAUGAAAAUCAUGGGAGGUGGAGUGGAAUAGCUGCCUAAGUUACCUAGCUCGUAGACUAGGUAGCGGGAGCAUGCUUCUCCCAUCCUGAUAUCUGGGUUUGCUUCGUUGCCUAGGUAAACCAUGCGAGCACCUUUGGGACCAUAUCUUAGAAAAAUUUCAGCGCAAGAUUGGUUGCUUGGAGGGGUAGGAAUUUGUCAUUGGGAGGCAGCAUAACUCUCAUCGAAGCCUUGUGCUCUGACAUAUAUCUUCCAAAUUUCUUUCUUCUCCACACUUGCAUCCAUCAUAGCCAAACUGAAGAGCCUCAUGAUGCCUUCAUCCCUUGCAGCCAAAUUGGAGACCUCAUGGAGUUUAUGGUUGAGGUCGAAUGGAGACCACAAAGUACACCUCAUUACUUGAAAGAAAGUGCACUCCCCCAAAAAGGAGCACAGAUUGGAUAUCAAGAAAUUACAUGACUGCAACAUUGCCCACUUGGGCCCUGGUGGUAGCGUUUGGUAAUGGCAGAGAACCGUCUAUGGUAAACGGUGCUAUUGGAGAACUACGAAAUGGAUGACUUAGGCUGGUUUCCCAAAGGCAUCCCAAUGCUUGUGCCACCGCGACUUGGAAAAGCAUUGGACAAAGGCACUAUAAGUUCAAGGGACAAAGUAAACAAAGAUGAAAGAGUCCAGUUUUGGAAAGAUCUGUGGCUUUGGGAUUCAGUCCUGGAAAACUGUUUGCCAAAUCCAAUGAGGCUAGCGAAAAUCCCUAAAUCAUUGUCGCCCUCUUGGUGGAAAUAAAGGCGGGGGGAGGGGUUGGGUGGCCAAUGUGUGGAACCCCACUUUUCAUAGUCCACUGUUCGACUAUGAAUCCCAAGAUCUGACUACAUUGUUCCACCUGCUGCAAUCUUUCUUCGUGGAGGGAAGGGGCACAAUCUUUUGGACCCCACCUUCCGUAGUAAAUUUACUAUCUCGUUCUAUAAAGGCCUUAACCCAACCCUGGCCCUCCUGUUCAUUACUAAUACAGUCUGAAAUGUCCCAAUCCCUUGCAAAAUACGAGCUUUGGAUAGUUUUAUGCAAUCGUGCUCUCACCACAAACCAGCUCCAAAGAAGGGGUUUCCAACUUUCCAACUGUUGCAUCAUGUGUAAAGAGGAGGAAACCAUUGAACACCUAUUUCUACGUUGUGAGGUUGCUGCGCAGUUGUGGACUAGCCUGCUACGACACUUAUGACUGGGUCUGGAUUAUGCCACUCUCUGCUUGACUGCUCUUCCAAGCCUUCUUCCCCACCUUACCCUGCGGCAGACCUUUUCCUUCAUGUGCUUUGGCUCUUCACUUCAUGGACCAUUUUUUGAAGGAAAAGAAAUAACCAAAAUUUUUAAGGGAAGUCAUUCACUGUUCAAGCCAUCCAGGAUAGAAUACGAGCAUCCACUUUUUUUUAGACCAAAAGCUACAAAUAUCUACACACCUUCUCUCCCAUGGACUUUGUAGUAAAUUGGAGGGACAUUCUUCCUUCUGGGCCUUGGCUAUCACUAGAUCAAGCAUUUGGAGCCCCUCAUUGCAUGGCUCUUCGAAGGUCAAUGGUUGUUGUUCUCUUCUAGACCUUGCCCUGCAGGUUACGGGCCAUCCUAAGAGAUUGCCAGGGAAAUCAUAUCCUCCGCUCUGGCUAUAUUGGUAUUGUUGACUCAACAAUGGCCAAGACAAUCUCCCUACUUGAAGGACUCAAAAGGAGCCUUUGAUUGGGAGACUCUGGUAGUGACGUGAUAGUUGAGGGUGAGUCCAGCAAUAUCAUCCUAUUGGCUUUUAAGGGUGAUCCCUACAUGAACGAUAUGCCUCCUUAUGAUAAAUUUUGUAUUUUCUUGAUUCUCUAUUUCCAAGUAAAAGGAUAGGCAUAAUAGAGUAGCUUCUUAAUUGUGUUUGAAUUUUAGUGCAUAUUGUCUUGUAUUUCUAAAAAUAAUUUACACCAAAUUAUACAAAUCUAAAUGUUGUCCGAAAUUUGUAUUUAUCUCUGUAACAUGUAAAACUUCUUCUUUCAUAAAUCGAUUUACUUCCAUAAUAUCCAUGAAUCCCAGAUUGGGAUGGAUGCAUAAUUUGUAUAGUUUUUUUUUAUUUUCUAACCGCAAUUGAGGCAGGCUUUCUCCCUCAAGUUUUCAUCCUAUCCCUUUUUCUCAUAUUUACUGUUGAUUUCAUCUCUUUUUCUAAUACUGCCAUCCAUCUCUUUCACAAUUUUAAUGAGUAGGAAUUGUGUUAAUCUAACUAUAAAAAAAUAUCAAUUGAAAGUUUAGUUAUUGAUAUUUCAUAAAUCAUUAGAAGAAUUGCACAAACACGGACCUUAUUGCAUGUGUAUCCAUGUAAAUAUAUGAUUGUGUUUUUGUAUGUGAGUAUUAAGCAAAUGCUGUCAAUACAUGGAUGUGCUCACACAAGUGCAAGUAUGUAUGUCAGUAGUUAAUGGCUUGCCCCUUUUCGCCAUGGAGCUCAAGUUUAUAUUCUAUGGUUUUGUAGACUACUUAGUUUAUAUAUAUAUAGAUGUAUUAAUGUGUGCAUAACUGUGUAUGCGAUGGUAAAUGGUAUUGGAGCCUUUUUGUUAUCACAGUUUAAGUCUUACGUAUGCAUAUUUAUUUGCUCAUAUAUUUUGCAGGGAUUUAUGUCGAUAUUGCCCCUAUGAAUUUAAAUAAGGAGGCAUAUCGUUCAUGUUUAUAUGAUUCUUUUUUUUGAGAGUAUCCUUCAUGUUUAUAUGAUUGUACACAAUUUAUCAUAAUUAUUUAUUGAUUGGCAUGUGUUUGUACUUGAUGGGUGUUUCUUUUAUUUUUUCCCUCUCUUCAUUAGCGGCUUAACCAAUUGGAAUAACACCUCCACAAAGUCGCUGAUUGAAUUUAACCUGUGUUUCAUGAACUGAUGAUGGGCUUUUUUAGUUUUCUUUUCAGUUACAGAUUUUCUUUGUUACUCACUUUUUGGAUAUUCAAUCGGCGAAGCUUGUAGAGCUUUGCAGUGGGUGGUCUGCCAAGUGGUCUUGUCCAGUUUCACUUGUCAUUUGAUGGCCCACAAAGGCAAAGGAAGUGGUGCGGUUUUGAAUUGGAAUGGAGAUAGCAAUGGAAACAAGCAGCAACAGCUCCUGGAUCGGAGCAAGGUAAGAAUUUUAUUGUGUGACAAUGAUUCUAGCAGUUCCCAGGAAGUUCUGCGACUGCUGUGCAAGUGCUCUUAUCAAGUAACCUCAGUGAGGAGUGCAAGACAGGUCAUCGAUGCCCUUAAUGUGCAAGGACCCGACAUCGAUAUUAUACUUGCAGAGGUUGAUCUUCCCAUAUCCAAAGGCUUGAAACUGCUCAAAUACAUUACAAGGCAGGAGAACUUGAGACACAUACCCAUUGUCGUGAUGUCUGCCCAGGAUGAUGUGUCUGUUGUGGUCAAGUGCCUGAGAUAUGGAGCUGCGGAUUAUCUCGUGAAGCCAUUACGCACCAACGAGCUUCUUAACUUGUGGAUUCACAUGUGGAGGACACGGCGCAUGCUUGGGAUGGAGAAGAAGAACAUUUUGAACCAUGAUUUUGAGUUGAUGAUGUCAGACCCUAGUAGUGCAAAUACAAACAGCACUACUCUUUUCUCAGAUGAGACAGAUGAUAAGAAAUCAAGAAGAAGUACAGUUCCCGAAUCAAGUGUAUCAAAUCAUCCAGAUAGUUGUGACGUAAAUAUGAACUUCUUGCGAGAUUCGUCCCAUGCAAUGGCCGAUGUGGAGCUUUCACAUAAACAUUUAUCAGAUCAUCGAGUAGAGGAUCUGCCACUGAACUAUUAUGCAGGAAAAGUCUCAUCAAUCCCAAAGAAAAGUGAAUUGAAGGUGGGGAAGUCAUCGGCCUUCUUCACAUAUGUCAAAUCAAGUACAAUAAUGAACAAAUUUUCCGGGGUUAGAUCUUUGGGGGAGAACUCUCACAAGGGUUCAGAGGAACACCCAAGAGAGCAACCUGUAAUUGGUAGCUUAAUUACUGUAGGCCGAGAUGCUGAUGGAUCUCCAAGUAGAGAUACAAGGAGAAAGUCUUAUGGGAAAGAUGUUCCAUCAGGUGACAAGGACUUUGAUGUGAACAUUGUCCAAUAUUCUUGUGGCAUGUCAGUGCCAUCCAAGUGUACGCAAGAAAUGAAACUAAAUAAUGAGCAGAUUCAUGACAUCAAACUGUGUUCAGGCAACUCUGGUCAGGUUGGCAUUUCGGGUUCCUCCCAUUCUACACCUCCACUUUGCAUGUCGGGAACUGUCAACCAUAUUGUACUGCCAUCUGCACAGCUGUUUCAAGGAGGUGUGCAUGAUGUACGACAACAUUGUUCUUCAGGUGUCCUUCCUCCUUACAAUACUUAUCCUCACUGCCGUAGCAUGACUAUGAUGUCAACAUGUUCAUUUUAUCCUAUUGGGGUCCAUUUACAACCUGUUCAAAUGCCAUGGCCUGCACUGACAAACAAUGUAACCUCAGAAGUGAAGUCUGUUCGAGUGGAUAAAAGAGAAGCAGCAUUGAUUAAGUUCCGGCAGAAAAGGAAAGAUCGGUGUUUUGACAAAAAAGUAAGAUAUGUCAACAGAAAACGCCUUGCAGAAAGGAGGCCUCGAAUUCGAGGUCAAUUCGUAAGGCAAGUUAAUGGUAUGGAAGUUGACACUGAUAGACGGCCUGGUGCUGUCAAUGAUUCUGAUGAGGAAGAUGGGGAUGAGGAUGAGGAUGGACCCAUUUCCAGUGAACUUGGGGUGGAUUCUUCUCCUGAAUAUGAUGCUUCAGAAUUUUGAUAUGGCUUUAAUGAACUUAACAUGCUAUUGAUGGAGAUUUUGGACCCCUGGUUUCCUCAUAAGGUUUACAAUAUCCUUUGUGAAUCUGAUCAUCUCCCUGCAUUACAGAGAUGAUGCUCUUAGUUUUCGAGCUGUUGAUUUUGGUGAUUCCUGGAUAAUUUGAAGGAACCUCACCUUGUCAAGUAUUAGGGUGCAUGGACUUGGGAAUAGGCAUGAAUUGGUCAGGGUGGCGGAGCCAUGAUGUGAUGUCGCGGGUUCCAUUCCAACCUACUGUAUAUUCCGUCAACAAAUCAGAGAGAGAGAGAGAGAGAGAGGGAGAGAAUUUGCGUUCCCAUGAUUUGGAAUGUAGUCUGGAUUCCCUUCUUGGGAAAUACCUUGGGCUUACCUCUCGUGUCUGCAGAAUUGGCAAAGGCCUGUCCUAAUCUUUGGUCAAGAAUUCUGGGAGGAGACUGAUCAUGUGGAAAACCAAAUUUUGAUCAUCAAGUCAAAGGUUCAUGCUGAUCAAGGCGCUCCAUUCAAAGGCUUCUAUAUUUAACGAGACUGAAGAAGGUAAUAUUACAUCGAAUUCUUCGGCAAGUUAAUGAUGAUUGCCAAGGAUUCCAUCUGGUUGGAUGUCCAUCCUGGACAAGAUUUGUGGCUAGCACCAUGGCAAACUUGAGGAUGAGGUGGGUUGUUCACCAUCUAGAAAGUUGGAGAGUCGGUGAAAGUCCCAGAGGGUUGGAGGGGUUUAGGGUUUAGGAGGACUCACAAUCCCUUGUUCUCAUUAUUAAGGUUGGGCUAUCUGUGUUUUGAUGGCCUUUGGUGGCAUAAGAGCGACUGGAGGAACAAUAGAACCUCCAAACUUAUUUUCAAUGGAACCUCUAAACUUAUUUUCAAAA